AUGGAGAUAGAGAAAGCGCGAGCUGCUGCGGCCGUAAUAAGGCAGGCAAGCCGCAAUGCAAGCCGAAACAGGAGCUUAACUGGGGCGCCGAGCAGGAGAGGUUGGGGCGUGGAGGAUGUUUUUGGAAGCCAGAAAAGUGGCGGAGCUGAGGACGAUGAGGAAGCCCUCAGAUGGGCUGCUCUAGAAAAGCUACCCACAUAUGAUCGACUGAGGAAGACUGUCAUCAAAUCUUUUAUUGAAAAUGAUAGUCACGGCAACAAAAUAGUGCACAAAGAAGUUGAUGUCCGAAAGCUUGGCCUGGAUGAACGUCAAGAAUUCAUCGACAGGCUCUUUAAGGUUGCAGAGGAAGAUAAUGAGAAGUUCUUGAAAAAGCUUAGAAACAGAAUUGAUAAAGUGGGGAUUUCUCUUCCAACGGUGGAGGUUAGGUUCGAAAAUUUAACCAUGGAAGCCGAGUGCUAUAUCGGGGAUAGAGCGCUUCCUACGCUGCCAAAUGCCAUAAGGAACGUUGCUGAAUCGUCAUUGAGCUGUGUCGGCAUCCGAUUGGCUGAAAGAGCAAAAAUUACCAUACUCAAAGACGCUUCUGGUAUCAUAAAACCAUCAAGGAUGACUCUUCUGUUAGGACCUCCAUCUUCUGGAAAAACAACCCUCUUAUUGGCGCUGGCUGGAAAACUAGACCCUAGCUUGAAGGUUAAAGGAGGUAUUUCUUACAACGGGCACAGGCUAAACGAAUUCGUGCCACAAAAGACGUCGGCAUACAUUAGCCAAAACGACGUCCAUGUCGGAGAAAUGACAGUUAAAGAAACGCUAGACUUCUCUGCAAGAUGCCAAGGGGUCGGCUCGCGUUAUGAACUUUUGGCGGAGCUUGCAAGGAGGGAAAGGGAUGCUGGAAUUUUUCCUGAGGCUGAAGUUGAUCUUUUUAUGAAGGCAACAGCAAUGGAAGGUGUUGAAAGCAGUCUCAUUACCGACUACACUCUCAGGAUAUUGGGACUCGACGUUUGCAGAGAUACCAUUGUUGGGGAUGAAAUGCUGCGAGGAAUCUCAGGAGGCCAAAAGAAGCGUGUCACAACAGGAGAGAUGAUCGUCGGGCCAACCAAGACACUGUUUAUGGAUGAGAUAUCAACAGGUCUAGACAGCUCCACAACCUUUCAAAUUGUGAAGUGCUUACAACAGAUUGUCCACUUGACAGAGGCUACCGUUCUAAUGUCCCUCCUACAACCUGCUCCAGAGACUUAUGACCUAUUUGAUGAUAUCAUUCUCUUGUCAGAAGGCCAAAUUGUAUAUCAGGGUCCAAGAGUGCAUGUCCUAGAAUUCUUCGAGAGCUGCGGGUUCAGAUGUCCAGAGAGAAAAGGAACUGCUGAUUUCCUGCAAGAGGUUACAUCAAGAAAGGACCAGGAGCAGUACUGGGCUGACCGAAACAAGCCAUACAGAUACAUAUCAGUUGCUGAAUUUGCAAAAAUGUUCAAACGUUUCCAUGUGGGUCUGCGGUUAGAGAAUGAGCUCUCAGUCCCUUAUGACAAGGCACGGAGUCACAGAGCAGCUCUAGUGUUCAAAAAGUACUCAGUCCCAAUGAGAGAGCUUCUGAAAGCAAAUUUUGACAAGGAGUGGCUGCUAAUUAAGAGAAACUCUUUUGUCUACAUUUUCAAGACCGUCCAAAUCAUAAUUGUAGCACUUAUUGCAUCAACAGUGUUUUUAAGGACUAAAAUGCACACCAGAAACGAAGAUGACGGGGCACAUUAUGUUGGUGCAUUGUUGUUUGGCUUGAUCAUCAACAUGUUCAAUGGUUUUUCUGAACUCUCACUUACCAUACAGAGACUUCCUGUGUUUUACAAGCAAAGAGAUCUUCUCUUUCACCCACCUUGGGCUUUUACACUGCCCACAUUCCUGCUAAGGAUACCGAUAUCUGUGUUUGAGUCUAUUGUGUGGAUGGUUGUUACAUACUACACUAUUGGAUUUGCCCCUGAAGCUAGCAGGUUCUUCAAACAGCUACUAUUAAUAUUUCUGACUCAGCAGAUGGCUGCUGGGUUAUUUCGGCUAAUUGCAGCAGCCUGCAGAACAAUGAUAAUUGCAAACACUGGAGGAACUCUAGCUCUUCUCCUUGUUUUUCUCUUGGGUGGUUUCAUUCUUCCUAAAGAUAAAAUUCCCGAUUGGUGGGGGUGGGGAUACUGGAUUUCACCUCUAAUGUACAGUUUCAAUGCCAUGACUGUAAAUGAGAUGUUUGCUCCAAGGUGGAUGAACAAAUGGGCUUCCGACAAUGCAACAAAAUUGGGACUGGAAGUAUUAAAGAACUUUGACGUCUUUCCUGAAAGAAAUUGGUAUUGGAUUGGUGCAGCAGCUCUCUUGGGUUUUAUAUUUCUUUUCAACAUCCUUUUCACGUUUGCCCUCAUGUACCUUAGCCCUCCUGGAAAACCACAAGCUAUCAUCUCCAAAGAGCAGGCAAGGGAGAUGGAGGAUGAUCAAAGGGAAGCAAUGGGAGAACCAAGACUGAUAACAACCAAGUCAAAGAAAGGAGAAAUGGCUGUCCUGCCCGUGAACACCCAACCAAGUAGAAAUUUGAGCAGUAGAAAAGAAGAUACAAGUCUUGAGGCAGCAAGUGGUGUUGCUCCCAAGAGAGGAAUGGUUCUUCCAUUCACCCCACUUGCCAUGUCAUUCGACAACGUCAAUUAUUUUGUGGACAUGCCUCCUGAAAUGAGAGACCAAGGAAUCACAGAGGACAAGCUCCAAUUACUUCGUAGUGUAACUGGUGCAUUUAGACCAGGAGUCUUAACUGCAUUAAUGGGGGUCAGUGGAGCAGGAAAGACUACCCUAAUGGAUGUUCUGGCUGGACGCAAAACAGGUGGUUACAUCGAAGGUGACAUAAGAAUAUCUGGAUUCACAAAGAAACAAGAAACGUUUGCUAGAGUUGCAGGGUACUGUGAACAAACCGAUAUCCACUCACCUCAAGUAACUGUCCGUGAAUCAUUGAUUUAUUCAGCUUUCCUUCGUCUUCCUGAAGAAGUCAGCAAGGAGCAAAAGAUGAUUUUUGUCAAUGAAGUGAUGGACCUGGUUGAACUAAACAACCUAAAGGAUGCUAUUGUGGGACUUCCUGGAAUAAGUGGUUUGUCAACAGAGCAGAGAAAGAGAUUGACCAUAGCAGUUGAACUAGUUGCCAACCCCUCGAUCAUAUUUAUGGAUGAACCAACUUCAGGCCUUGAUGCAAGAGCAGCAGCUAUUGUUAUGAGGACUGUGAGAAACACAGUGGAUACAGGGAGAACAGUUGUUUGCACAAUUCAUCAGCCUAGCAUUGAUAUUUUUGAAGCAUUUGACGAGCUUCUUUUGAUGAAAAGAGGAGGGCAAGUCAUUUAUGCUGGCCCUCUAGGGCGGCAUUCGCAAAAAAUCGUGGAAUACUUCGAGGCAAUUCCCGGAGUCCCAAAAAUUAAAGAGAAGUACAACCCAGCAACGUGGAUGCUAGAAGUAAGCUCAGUUGCAACUGAAGUUAGACUUGGAAUUGAUUUUGCUGAAAAGUAUAAAUCAUCGUCACUAUACCAACGAAAUAAGGAUCUAGUGAAAGAGUUGAGCAUGCAUCCUCCGGGAGCAAAAGACCUUCAUUUUCUGACACAAUAUUCUCAAUCUACAUUUGGGCAAUUCAAAUCCUGUCUGUGGAAGCAAUGGAUGACUUAUUGGAGGAGUCCAGAUUAUAAUCUUGUCAGAUACUUCUACUGUUUAGCUGCAGCACUCAUGGUCGGGACAAUCUUUUGGAGAGUUGGAACCAAAAGGGAAAGCAGUGGUGAUCUGAUGACCAUCGUUGGGGCUAUGUACGGUGCUGUUCUUUUUGUUGGGAUCAACAAUUGUUUAACUGUACAGCCAAUUGUUGCCGUAGAAAGAACUGUAUUUUACCGGGAAAAAGCUGCAGGGAUGUACUCUGCAUUGCCUUAUGCAAUGGCACAGGUGUUUGCGGAAAUACCGUACAUACUUGUUCAAACAUCAUACUAUACACUUAUAGUGUAUGCCAUGGUGGGCUUCGAAUGGACUGCAGCAAAAUUUUUCUGGUUCUACUUCAUCAACUUCUUCUCCUUUUGCUACUUCACAUACUAUGGAAUGAUGACUGUUGCCAUCACACCAAACCACCAAGUUGCAGCAAUCUUUGCAGCAGCAUUUUACGCACUUUUCAAUCUUUUCUCUGGAUUCUUCAUCCCAAAACCAAGGAUUCCUAAGUGGUGGAUAUGGUACUACUGGAUUUGCCCGGUGGCAUGGACUGUCUAUGGACUAAUCAUAUCACAAUACGGUGAUGUAGAGGACACAAUUAGUGUCCCUGGGAUGAACUUUACACCAAAAAUCAAAGAUUAUAUCCAGGAUCAUUUCGGAUAUGAACCAGACUUCAUGGGACCAGUGGCUGCAGUUUUGAUUGGUUUCACUGUCUUCUUCGCAUUCAUGUAUGCUUACUGCAUUAAAAACUUGAACUUCCAAAUGCGGUAAAAAAAAAAAAAAAUAGCCUAUGGUAUGAACUGUAGUUGAAUUGUAAAUACUCAUUACAUCUACAAAAAUCCUCCUA